AGCCCACCGACCCUCAGGCUAUAUAUAUUACCUAAGACAACCCUGGCUCCCUCAUCCAGAGGACUGGCCGUUUUGUCAACAAGAUGCCAGGAAAACCCGCCCCUAUUAAGAAGUCCCCGGCGAAGAAGGCUGCCGUGAAGCCACCUGAGGCCGCCCCGGCGCCUGAACCCGCGCCCGUAGAGGCUCCUCCCGCUGAGGCUGCACCUGCGGAAGCCGCCCCCGUCGAGGCUGCACCGGCCGAGGCAGCACCGACAGCAGAAGGAGAGGCAACCCCCGCCGCCCCGGCAGAAGACACCCCCGCUGCUGAGGGAGCCGCUCCAGCUGCUGCGCCCGCUGCUGAAGACGGUGCUGCUCCUCCCGCUGUAGACGCCCCCGCGGACGCAGAAGCUGCCGUAGUUGAGGAGCCGCCGAAGGCCCCCACCCCUCCACCUCCCGCAGUCCCCACCAGUGCUCCCCUGGAAGUAGCUGUGGAAGAUGUUAACGACUCCAGCCUCACCAUUAAAUGGAAGACACCGGAGGCCAUCGGAGACUCCGGCCUGGACGGAUACACUGUCGAGUACCGCAAGGAUGGAACAACGGAGUGGGUUGCAGCUAAUGAGGAGCUGACCCCAGCUAACCGCUACUGCAUCAAGAAUCUGACAGCCGGUGACCUGGUGCACGUUCGCGUGGUGGCUGUAAACCCCGGCGGCCGCAGUGAACCUGGUGCACUUCCUGAGCCAGUGCCGAUCCGUGAGAUUGCUGACCGUCCCAAGAUCCGCAUGCCCCGCACCCUCAGAGCCCGCUGUGUUAAGCAGGUUGGAGAGCAGAUCAACUUGGUCAUCCCCUUCCUUGGAAAGCCCAAACCUGUGGUGUCCUGGCUUAAGGAUGGUCAGCCUUUGGAUACAAAGAGAGUCAACAUCAGGAACAGUGACAAGGACAGCAUCUUGUUUAUCCGCACCGCUCAGCGGGAGGACUCCGGCGUUUACGAGAUGACCGUUAAAGUGGACAGCUUUGAAGACAAAACCACCCUCACCCUUCAGAUUGUGGAGCUGCCUGGCCCUCCUGCCAGUGUGAAGCUGGUGGACGCCUGGGGCUUCAAUGCCGCUCUGGAAUGGACGCCCCCCAAGGAUAAUGGCAACACAGAGAUCACUGGAUACAUCGUCCAGAAGGCCGACAGGAAGACCGAGGAAUGGUUCACGGUGCUGGAUAACUACCACAGGCUAACCGCCACCGUCUCAGACCUCAUCAUGGGCAACUCGUACAGCUUCAGAGUGUUCGCUCAGAACCGAGUGGGCAUCAGUGAGUCCAGCGCUGUCACCAAGGGGGUGGCUACAAUCCAGAAGACAGGUAUCGUCUACAAGCCUCCCGAGUACCAGGAGCAUGACUUCAGUGAGGCACCCAAGUUCACCACCACCCUCAGCGAUCGUGCCGCCACCGUGGGUUACACUACCAGGCUGCUUUGUUCUGUUCGUGGAUGCCCCAAGCCUAAGAUUGAGUGGUUGAAGAAUCAGAUGGUCAUUGGUGACGACCCCAAGUUUCGUCAGAUUUCUAACCAGGGCAUCUGCUCCCUGGAGAUCCGUAAGCCCUGCAGCUUUGACGGUGGUGUGUACACCUGCAGAGCCAAGAACGCCCAGGGAGAGGCCACCGUCUCCUGCAAGCUGGAGGUCAAACAGAUUAUUCUCCCAGAGGCUGACAAGGAGAAAGGCAAAUAAACCGACACCCAAACAUCCAGAGAGCUUCAAAAGGACUAGCAGAAAUCCAGGUCUUGUGUUUUGAGAGUGUUUGAGGAGGUGUAAGAAAAGACUUGUGGCUGGCUGUGCAGCAGUGUGUACAUAAUAAAAAUGGGACAGAACACAAACCAACAUCUCCUAUAUCCAUUUCCUCCCCCACACCCACCCUCACAUGCCCGACUCACCCACUCCUCCCAAUAUGCAGGGAAGACCCACGCCCACUCAACCGGUCCCAGUUUGCCAAAUGUUGUAGUGGUAUGUUAUUUAAGCUGGUAACUUGUAUGUAAGGCUAUAUUUACCAUGUUCUGCUUUUUUUCUGUCCAUGUGCUGUUUGUUACAGUAUAUAUGUAUGUAUGCCUAAUAAAACAGCGAAUUCUUGGACAUGCUAUUACAAUGACAAUGGAUGGGUAAUAAAAACUGUAUUUUAUUAUG